CUUCCCCUGCGCACUCUCCCACCUCGAGGCUGCCAGUCCAUGGCUACCCCGUCUCUCAACUCCCAAGUGAAGAUCAUGACCUCGCCGUCCCAGCCAUCCCUAGUCUCCCCACCCCCUCCGAAGACCUCGAAAGGCUCCGUGUUCUGGCUCUCUUUCACUGCCGUUGUAGUGUGCAACUUCCUGAGCGCACUCGAUGUCACCGCCGUCUCUACCGCACUGCCAACUAUCACCGAUGACCUGAAGGGGGGCGACGACUUCGUCUGGGUCGGAGCCGCUUACGGUCUCGCUGCUGCAUCCAUACUCCCCUUCUCGGGUCGCGCGGCGGACAUUCUCGGCCGGCGUCCGGUCAUGAUGGUCUGUGUUGGCUUCUUCUUUGUCGGAAGCGCCCUAGCAGGUUCCGCUCAAAGCAUGAACAUGCUCAUCGCGGCAAGGACUAUACAAGGUGUUGGGGGAGGCGGAAUCACCAACCUUACCUCCAUCAUCACUUCGGACCUUGUUCCUCUCGCGGAGAGGGGUAUAUACCAAGGCUUUCUUGUUCUGACGUGGGCGUUCGCUGCUGCAAUAGGUCCUGUCAUAGGAGGCUCAUUAGCCGAGAAGGCUUCCUGGAGAUGGUUAUUCUAUCUAAAUCUCCCCCUUGCCGGUACUGCCUUCGUCGUUGUCGCCGUCUUCCUGAGGGUUCGUACUCCCCCCGGCUCACUGCGAGAGAAACUGGCGCGCAUUGACUGGAGAGGCAACCUCAUCAUCAUCAUCGGGACCACUCUGGCCUUGGUUGGCUUGACGUGGGGCGGUAUUCAAUUCCCAUGGAAUUCAGCGCAUGUCCUCGCACCAUUGAUCAUUGGCGGUAUCUUCAUCGCUGCAUUCUUCAUAUAUGAAUUUUUCGUCCCCAAGGAGCCGACAUUGCCGUUUGACAUCAUGACGAAUCGGUCGAGUCUCAGCGGGUACAUCUCCACCUUCUUUCACGGCAUCGUCAGCAUAUCGAUCAUUUACUACCUUCCCGUCUACUUCCAAGCAUGCCAAAACGCCAGCCCCAUCAGGUCAAGUAUCGACAUCUUCGGCGUCGCGCUCGUGUGCUCCCCGUUUUCGUUGAUCGGCGGCGUUGUAGUCAAGGCCAUGAACAAAUACCGUCCCGUCAAUUACGCCGGCUGGGCUCUCACCAUGAUCGGUGUGGGGUUACUGUCCACGCUCAAGUUCGAUUCGGGCACGGCCGCCUGGGUCGGAUUCCAGGUCAUCUCUGCCUCCGGCUUCGGGAUUAUUUGGGCAUGCACUAUAUUCCCUAUCCUUGCGCCUCUGUCCGUCACCCGGGCUGCCGCUGCACUGGCAUUCUACAACUUCUGCCGAACCUUCGCUCAGACAUGGGGUGUUGCUAUCUCAGCUAGUAUUCUGCAGAACGAGCUAAAGACACGGCUUCCGGCGGAGUUCGUUGCACGGUUCCCCGCCGGCAUCGAGAUCGCGUACGCCGCGAUCCCCGUCAUCCGCACUCUCGACGAGCCCCUCCGGACGGAGGUGCGCAUCGCGUUUGCGGAGAGCAUGGCCGUCGUCUGGAAGGCGAUGAUCGGCUUCUCCGCGGCGGGCUUCCUCACGCUCUUCCUCCUCCGCGAGGUCCCGAUGCAGAAGCAUACGGACGAGACGUACGGCCUCCAGGACGGCGUGCGCCCCUCGGGCUCGGUGGAGGAGGAGGGCGGCGUGUCGAAGGUGAACGCGACGAGCGUCGAACUGGCGGCGAUCCCCCCCGCCAUGGACGUCCAUCCAAUGCACCACUCCAUGCAGUCCUCUUCACACCACAACAUGCCAGCCUCUUCACACCACGCCUGAGCAUGGCGUGUGAGUGGGCUGUCCCGCGCGGUCUGACAUGAAUGUAAUGCGCCGCUGUGAAAUGCUAGUCCUGAUGUUUGAACGCAGAGUUCUCGGAACGCCCCGGUAUAAUAUGUAUCACCGCGCCGCUAUUUACUGUACUGGUUCCACUGUAGCGUAGCCCCUAGUUCGCCUCAGGAAAUGGGUGGGUCGCGCACACGCUUGCUACACUACAAAGCCUCGCAUUCCCCACACCUCCCGCUGUCUGCGACCUUUCGGCUAUACAAG